AAACACAUAAACAUCUUAGAAACAAGUUCUAAAACCAAAAAAAAAAAAGAUGAAUAUGGCCACAAAGUUUCUUGUGAUUGUCUUGUUCAUUGGAGUUGUUUGUCCCAAUGCAAGCUCAAGACCUCUGGAAGAUGUUUCCAAAGGACUUACGGAUAAAAAGCUCGUUCCGGUACCACCGCUACCGGUACAAUUACCGUUACCACUACCAGUACCAGUACCACCAAUGCCCAUGUCUGAAACCGAAGCAGCCACUGCCACUAAAGGAGGAGAGCUUAACAAUAAUGGUGGCGCCGGAGAAGUUGAGAAUGGAGUGGGUAGAGUGUCCAAAGAGAUCAAAUUAGGCAUCUCUACUCACAACGGCCUUGGAGCUGAGCUUACCAACGGUCUUGGAGCUGAGCUUUCCGUUACUGCUUCAACAAGUGCCUACCAUUCGGAGUAUUCCGCUGCCAAUGCUGCUGCUGGUCCUAGAAGCGCCAGUGGAUAUGGAAGUACCUAUGGAAGUACAAGCGGAGAUGUCACUGCGGAUGGUCCCAACGCAAACGCUUAUUCUAGCAGUGGGGCUUCCGGUCAAACCGGUGCUUAUGCUGCAGCGGGUCCUGGUGGUGCCACCGGCAAUGGAUACAGUAACGGAUAUGCCGGCAGCAGUGCAGGUGGAAGCAUCAGCGACCCUUGAGCGAUUGGUGAUCAUGCUCAAGUCUCUGGCGUAUAUAUAUAUACUACUAUUCUACAAACGUUCCAACAAUCUCUUCUGUAUUCAUAAAUAAGACCUUGAGAUUGUCACAGCUCUAAUAAUUAUAUAUGAUGAAAUA